UUUACAAAUUGCUCAACUAUUGCCUGUAGGCAAUGUUAGUAACAACAGAAAAAAUGUAUCAUUUAGAAAUUCGAGACCACAAUGAAAAAAUGUAUAAUUUUCUGAUGACAAAAAACGUUUAUGAUUUAGCUCAUAAUGAUGUAUCAUAUGUAGAAAAAUUUUUGAUAGUGCAAAAGCAAAAAUAUCCUGCAUUAUUUCGAAACAAAUCUGCAAUAAAUGACGAAACACACGAUAAAAAAGUAUUAAAGUUAACAGAUGGGUCAAAUACUAUUGAACUUUAUGUAUCAAAUAAUAUUUUUGAACGUGGUAACAAUGAUCCACAGUUUGGUGUACAACUGUUCAAUAAAUACAGUAAAGAAAUAAUCAAACAAAAAGUCUCAUUGCAUAAGCACAAAUGUUUCUGAAGAUAGAGCUAAUGAAAAUAGACAGUUUGAUAAUAAUGAUGGAAGUGAAAAUAAUAAAAAUAUGGCUACGUGUAAUAUUACAGGUGCUUCGAGGCAUCAAUGG